CGUCAGCAAUGCAUCAAACUAACGACUAGAAGGGACUGUACGACCGAGAUAUUAGACCGGAUACCUUUGUGUUUGAUAUCUUCCUUUACACUGGUUUGUCUUCCGUCUUGGUAUUAGUGGUGAUUGACGUUCUUUAUUCGGAAUAUCUUCCCUGUCUGUGGGUGUGCGGAGCGUGCUGCGGCUUUGCUUGUAUCGUUCUGCACUUGCAUUUGACUCUUAUCUAUUUUCAUUGUGACUCCUGCAACAUCAAGGGUCACAGGUUGCAGUCUUCUGUAGUGAGACUCUGCAGUUUGCCUAGUGGCAGGUCCUUUUCAAAAGCUGAUGAUUGUAAAUUUAUCUCGCUGCCAUUGUUCCACAACGUGUCUUAUUGGCUUAUGUCAUGAGACUGUCCUAGGACCCGCUGACUAGAUCCCUCUUGAAACCUACUACACUCUAACCGCAUCAUGGAUCCCCCCGUACCUUUGAUUCUAGGACUUUUAGGCACUUAAGAACGACCGUGAUCUUCUCCCGGCGCUAGAUGAAGGCAAAGAUGGCAUAUUUGAGAGAUGGAGACUAGGAACCUGUUCAGCAUUCGAGCCUUUUACACUCUUCUCUCUACUCCACACCCCAAGCCUGAUCUGCAGGGGCCUGUGAGAUUGCAGCUUUAAUCCCAUACACGUGUCGCAGCAUGUCAGCGCAGACAUCAGCAUUUCAAGGAGUUGUUUUAAGGGUACUGGAUUUCGGGUAUAUGCUCUCUAAGUCCAAGGUGAAUAAAUGAAGACCUGGUGCUUGGUAGGAAGGAAGUACUUUGAAUGAGCGCUCAGCUCAUCUUGCAGAAGCAGCAUUUGGCAUGACCGUGCCAGGUCUCAUUUAGCCGCAGCCCGUAGCCAGCCAAAGAAUCCUUUGGCAGGUACCAGGCCAAAUUCAAUAUCCCUUGUUCCUUUUACAACAAUAUUACUUGCAAGGACUCGGUUGCUCCUCGGCCCGCUGCACGCUAAGUCUCCAGGUCUCCUGCUCUCGCUUCAGAGAAUCGCAAAACCUUACACCUUGCUCCUGGACACGACUCCGCUGCUCUCCUUUCCAGGCGAGAAUUUUACGUGCUGAGCUAUACCUUGUCGAUGACAACAGACGCUACAUCAUGGCUCAAACCCCAGAUAACAUCACAUCCUCACGAGGCUCUCGCUCUCGCGCCUCUCGCAAGCCAGGACACCGUAUGAAUUCACCUCACACUCCCACCAAACAACAAGAGCCUGUCGACCACAGCCGAUCGUCCGCCGUGGCCUGCGUCGACCACCUUGUUUCCAAUCCUGGCAUGACCACUGACGUACCAACACCUCCACCAAAGGACACUCCUAGGCCAAAAAAGUCCUCCACCGUGCAUAAGGAAUUGCCAGCCAAGCCUGCUCUUAGAUCUACUGAGUCUCCUCAACGACGAGGUAUUCUCGAUGCUAUCGAUUCCGCUGCAAAGAGCAUGGCAGUCAGCUACCCUCCCCUCAGGCCAUCCAAUGUUAUGCGUCACCAGCCCUCCAUGAGCGAUUCUGGCAAUCUCAAGGUCACCACUUCUCUUGGUUCUGCUCGUGGUAGUAUCAAAUCUGAUGUCGGUACCGCUGCUACCGAGACGGCGCGGAGUUGUCGGGAUGUUGCUGUCACCACUACCUGUCAGGGCAGCCACCACCCAAACUCCAACGCCUACUCUCUGGCCGCGGCCCCACGCGGGUCUGCCUCAACCCAUCACCCAGCCACUCUCAGCCAUGGACACAUCGGUGCAUACAAGAAUGGAAGCCCAAUGCAGAGAUACGAUUCUACUCACCGCAAGCCAGAAGUCAAGACUCCCAUUAAGUUUAAUCGUCACAGUACCAGACGUUUACAAGUCUUGCAAGACAACUCGUUAGACGAGAAUACCACAAUGAAGGUGGAUAUGGAGCAGACCGAGGACAGUAUCAUAGUCAACAAGGUGAAAAUUGAUGUCUCGGGCAGUAUUUCAACUGAGAUUCCCACUGAUGAGUCUCCCUUUCGCUCGGAUGUUGAUAGGAGAUACCUCAAGCUCGGUGUUGGUCCGACUGUUAGAUAUUCCAAGGACGCCCGUGAGGUUUUGAUGGGGAAGAGUCCAAAUGUUAAUCGGCCCGCCUGGAAGACUUCGAGCUUCGACUCUGACAUAUUGCUUGAUGGCAGCCCUUAUCCCCCUCUUUCACUGACAUCAACGAAGGGAGUAGAGUCUCGCUUCCAAGUUGGUGACAACCCAGUAUCACGUCUCAACCGUCCUACGGCUGCCAGUACCGCGCGUACUCAAGAAUCCAAAACAAAGAUCGAAACACGCAGAUAUCUUGCAUCACUGGAGAUAAAGAAGCCUUCUGAAGUCAGGAAAGGUAGCCAGGGUAUCCGUAGCCGAGUUUCUGAUUUGUUUCAUGGUCGUUGCCGUUCUACCCAGCCAGUGCACAAAUACUCUCAUACUCAAGUCCAACUCAUUAAGACGGGCGAUAUUCGCGAUAAUGCUGUUAAGAAAAUUGUUACUGAGGUUGGUGAGCAAGUUGACAAGCUUGUAUCUGACCGCGAUCAGCAACAAAGCCGAACCAACCACCAAGAGACAAAUCGAGCCAAGGGUAUAAGCAACACUACUCACCGUCAUACUCGUAAUCCUUCCCCUGCCACUUGUCGCGAUUUAAGUGUCAACAAUGAACAACCACCUCCUCCACCUAUUAACGGUACAGAGUUCCUCCGCACACACUACCUUGAAGACGCUACCGCCGCCCUCCAUACCGAGGACGCUCGACUCGAGGCCGCUCUUGCAGGUGUUCAGAGCUCCUUGGAUGAAAUUAUCGCCACGACUCAAGACAUCAAUUAUCCAGGUUUUCGUGCCGUUGUUGAGCCUGUGAUUCGCAGUCUUGCGGCAAGCAUACUUUCUGCUCAAAACGCCAGAGUUGCAGUCAUCGGACUAGGCAAUGCCACCCAGCGUGUCGUAACUGAUACGCUAAUAAUGAGUGAAGGCAUCAAUCGUGCCGCGAUGCAGGCUCGAGUAAUGGUCGGCGACAUCCAAAUUAUGGUUCCUGGUGUCGAAGCUUCUGAUGCUGAUUAGUCUUGGACGAGGGAUGCUGUUUCUCAUGACUAUUCAUGCUACCUUGCUACUACUCUUCCUUUGCUCUUAAAUUUUCUUCCAACUUUAUUCUUGCUUCGUCUUGUAUCCUGUGCGGGGGUUUUAAGAUAUGUCUUGUUCGACUUGGCGACUGCACGAAUUGAAGAAGAAUGCACAAGACGAGGCUUGAUGGUAGUAGCGACUUUGACGAGGGA